AUGCUCCUCUUCGCAGUGCCCCUCCUGCACCUCCUCUGCGCCCCCUACACCAAAGUCGAAGAGUCCUUCAACCUGCAGGCCACGCACGACAUCCUCGCCUACGGCACGCCCACGCGCGGCGACGUCGGCGCCCGGCUGGCCUCGACGUACGACCACUUCAGCUUCCCCGGCGCCGUGCCGCGGACGUUUGUCGGGCCGGUGCUCCUCGCGGGCGUGAGCCAGCCGCUGGUCGCGCUGGCGUCGGGGUCCACGCACGCGCAGCUCGUCGUCAGGGCGGUGCUGGGCUGCUUCAACGCCGCGUGCCUGGCGGUGUUCGCGGGGGCCGUGAGGGGCGCGUUUGGGAGGGGGGCGGGCAGGUGGUGGGUUCUGUUGAGCGUGAGCCAGUUCCAUCUGAUGUUCUAUCUGAGUAGGACGUUGCCGAACAUGUUUGCCUUUGGGCUGACAACCCUGGCAUCCGCAUUCCUCCUCCCUAAAAACGACGACCCCAAAAAGUCCCAGAUCCGCCGCCGCCAAGCCAUCGGCCUCCUCGUCUUCGCGACCGCAAUCUUCCGCUCCGAGCUCGCCAUCCUCCUCGCCGCCACGGGGCUGCACCUCCUGGCCCGGUCGCAGCUCGGCCUGCGCGAGCUCGUGGCCGUGUUCCUCGCCGCCUUUGCCGUCGCGCUGGCCGUCUCCGUGCCGCUCGACUCGUACUUUUGGCAGCGGCCGCUGAUGUGGCCGGAGCUCGCGGGCUUCUACUACAACGCCGUGCUGGGGUCGUCGUCCAACUGGGGCGUCUCGCCGUGGCACUACUACUUUUCGUCGGCGCUGCCGCGGCUGCUGCUCAACCCGCUGUGCUUUCCGCUCGUUGGGCUGGCGCUCUACCAGCCGGGGACUUCGCGCCGAGUGCAGGACCUCGUCGUUCCGUCUCUGGUCUUUGUCGCCGUAUACUCCAUCCAGCCGCACAAGGAGACGCGCUUCAUCUUCUAUGCUGUCCCUCCGCUUACCGCCGCCGCAGCCGUAGGCGCCGACUUUGUCUCUGCCCGCCGGUCCAAGUCCAUCUUCUACGGCCUCGCCACCCUUGCCAUCGCCCUUUCUGUCCUCGCUUCCUUUGCGUCCAGCACGCUCAUGCUGCUCCUCUCAUCGCUCAACUAUCCCGGCGGUGACGCCGUCUCACAGCUCUACGCCCUCACGGCGAACGUCACCUCGUCAGCUCCCCAGCUGUUCGUCCACGCGGACGUCCUCACAUGCAUGACCGGACUCACCCUCUUUGGCCAAAACCUCCGCAACUCCCCCUUCGGCCACGGCCUUCUCGGCUCUUCUCUUCCAUCGUCAUCAUCGUCAACUCCCCCAGCUCUCGUCUUUGACAAGACGGAAUCAGACGAGGAACUGCUCCGGCCAGAAUUUUGGUCCCAGUUCGACUACAUCCUCAUGGAAGAUCCCUCCUUCGCCCUCGGGACAUGGGACACCAUUGGUCAGAUCCACGGCUACGACGGGAUAGAAAUCCUACGCCCUGGCCAAAUGACAACCACAGCAUCAUCAUCAGCAUCCUCGCAGCAGCAAGAUGGAAAAGGAGAAGGAAAAGAAGAAGAAGAAGGAGAAGAAGCUCAUCAUAGGAUCCUCGGCCACGGGGCCACUGUUGCUGCCGUGAGGGAUACGGUGAGGAAGUAUACCGGAGGAUGGUGGAUUGGCCCGCGGAUGUCGCCACGGAUACACAUCAUGAAGCAAGUCCGACAGUCAGACGACAACUGA